AUGGCAACGUCGAUAUCUUGCGGUGGUUCUGCGGUCGACAGCCGUGAUCACGGGCAGGCGCCUGACUCCGAAGCAAGCAAAAACACUCCCAAGGAUUCUCUGGACUAUAGUGACUUCACUCUUGCAGCUCUGUCUUCUCCUCAGACUCAGCACUACUUAGACUUUCUGCGCCUGCAGACCCCGGUGAAACCUGACCUUCAAAGUCUCAACUCCCUCAUCUCAGCACACCUGGAGCGAAUACCGUUUCAAAGCGUCGAUACGGUUCUUGGCAACAUCGAGCCUCUCGAUGACGGCGCCGUAUUUUCCAAGGUCGUGAAAGAAGGUCGCGGUGGUAACUGCUUCGAAUUGAACUCUCUCUUCGCUCGUCUGUUGCUGGCCUUGGGUUACAAGGUUCGAGUACGCUGUGCCAGGAUUCGCUGGGCGGUUCCAGAGGACGUUCCGCCAGCGCCGGUCGAUCACAUGGUGCUCUGCGUGACUGUAGGCGACAGAGAAGACCAAGGAACACCGUUCUUGGUUGACGUAGGAUUCGGCGGACCUUGUCCGCAGCGCGCCUUGCCUCUCGAUGGGGAUGCAAUGCCUUAUCGCCUGCGCGUGCUCGAUAACGAUUGGACAAAACCAAUUGAAGUAUCUAUCCUCAGCCAAGAUGAACCUGGCCAAAGCUCCCGAUGGCUUCCCCUGUAUCAAGUUUUCGCUUACUCGCAUGAGUGGCCGGACUUUAUGGAUAAGUCGUGGUACUUUGCCACGUAUCCAGGCCUCGUCUUCCGCGAAGUCUUAGCCGUUAGCCGUUACGAAGAAGACUGCUGGCUCACGCUGCGUAACCGAUGCUUCACUCGCCGACGCUGCACGUCGACUGGAAUAGCAGAAGUGGAAGAGCGUCGUCUAAUCGACAAUACGGUUGACCUGCUCUCUCUACUGGGCGAUGUGUUCCAGCUGAAGCUCAAACCAGAUAUGGACGAGAAAGUGCGGCGGCAACUCCAGCUUCUGUAA